AUGUGUGCAGCAAAGCAAUCCAUUCGAGAAAUUCGCAACGUGGCGGAGAACCCAUAUCGAGUACAGGUGCUCUCAUGGUACCGACGGUGCUUGCGUGCGGCUUUCACGGCGCCAUGGGGCUCCGACGAAGACGCCUUGUACGUCUUGGAGGAAACUCGGCGGCUGUUCCACCAGAAUCGAGGUAUUCGCGAGGUGGAGCGCAUCGAGCGCAAGCUGCGCGAGGUUGAGAUGCGAUACGAGAUGGCGCUCCACUACAACAUUCCCUACCCGAGACCCUUCAACAAAAUGCAGGGCUCAAUGCAGGAGAGUGGGGUGCCGUACGCCGCCUACCUUGACUCUGCCUACGAUCACAUGGUCAACCCCCAUAUCGGCGUCAUCGCCGAAGGGAGCGCGAAUCUGGGGAUAAUGGGUGGGCUAGAAAAGCCUAGCCAAUACUUUGAGGGGAACACUGGGGAGGCAGACGUGGAUGGCCGAGCAAAUGCCUACGACACAGAGGCGGAACCGCCAUCCACAGUGUGCUGA